GACAGAAGUGUCAAGCUUUCCCGGUGAUGGGCGUAUAGAACAAAAGUUGAUUCAUUUUAAAUCAAUUUAAUAAUUCAAAUUACGCCCAAUUAUAGUUUAAGUACUAAUAUUAUUAAUUACUAUUAAGUAUAUAUAGUAGAACCAAAACUGAAGUAUAUUUAAUAAUAUUUAUCCUAUUUACAUAGUAUAUUCCUUAUUAGGUAUACAAAUUUUAUGUAAGUGAGAAAAUUUAAAUCAUGGCGUGGAGAUUUAAAGCGAGUAAAUACAAAAAUGCUGCCCCUAUUGUCCCUAAACCCGAAAAUUAUGUUCGAGAUAUCAGUGUGGGUUCCUAUCAAACUUAUGGAAACAAUAUUGCUGCUUCUGCUAAAUUCAUGGCAUUUAAUUGGGACCACUCGGGGUCUAGUUUGGCUGUGCUCCCCUUAGAUGAUUACGGCAGAAAAGGAAAAUUAUUACCUCUUCUGCACGCUCAUUCUGAUACUGUGACUGAUAUUUCUUUUUCGCCAUUCCACGAUGGACUUUUAGCUACAGGUUCUCAAGACUGCUUAGUAAAAAUAUGGAACAUUCCUAAAGAAGGCUUACAAGAAUCGCUUAGUAAUGCAGAAUCUACUUUUUCUCAUAAACAACGUAGAGUAGAAUUAGUUGGUUUCCAUCCGACGGCCGAUUUUCUUCUUCAUUCCACUUCUUUCACUACUUUAACCUUAUGGGAUUUACUCACAGAACAAGAAUUGUUUUCAAAUUCUGAUGCCUCAGAAGUAAUCCAAUCUGUUAGUUGGAAAAGGGAUGGAACACUACUGGCUACCUCAGCAAAAGAUAAACAAGUACGAAUAGUAGACCCCAGAUUAGAAUCAUCCUGUAUAAAAUCGACAAAUUCCCACCCGGGAAUUAAAGAUUCCAAAGUAGUUUGGCUCGGUGAACAAAAUAAGAUUUUAACAACAGGAUUUGAUGCUCAGAGAUUAAGACAGGUGAUAAUUAGGGACCUUCGUAAUAUAUGCGAACCAGAAAAGACUUUAGAAUUAGAUUGCUCUACUGGUAUAUUGAUCCCAUUGUAUGAUGCUGAUACCGGUAUGCUCUUUUUAGCUGGAAAAGGGGAUACAACCAUUAUGUACAUGGAAGUGACCGACAAGGAUCCUUAUUUUAUAGAAGGUAUAAGACAUUCCGGAGAACAAACAAAAGGGGUCUGUUUAGUACCGAAACGUGCUUUAAAUAUAAUGCAGGGAGAAGUUAACAGAAUAUUGCAACUGACCAGUUCUUCCGUAAUUCCAGUGACUUAUCAAGUACCUAGAAAAACAUACAGGGACUUUCAUUCGGAUAUCUAUCCAGACACUCCAGGUUAUAUAACAGAACUAGUAUCGACUGAUUGGUUCCAAGGAAAAAACGUUCCUUUACAAAAAAUGUCUUUAGAUCCAGCCAAACGCGAAAAUGGAGAGGAACCAAUAGUCGUACAUAGGGGUAGUUUACAACAAAUGCGAGAAGACUACAACAAUCUUAAACUGAAUUCUAAACCGGAACCACAAAAAACGAAAUCGACGCCACAAAAAGUUGAUCUUCAUCCUGUUAAGGGAUUGAUCAAGGAUUUUGAGAAGGAUAAUAAACAGAUCGAAGAAGAAAAUAAUGAUAUUAAUGCAAAAAUCAACGAUAAUGAAUUAGAAAAGAUAACUUCUAUAAUUCCCCCUAAACCUUUACCGAGGACAUCGAGAACAAGUUCAAUUUGUGAUUCCCAAUCAAUCGAUGAUGCUAAUGUACCUAAACCCGUUGCUAGACCUCGUACAAACAGUUGCGCCCCCGUUGUUACUUCUGUUAGCCCCAUCGCACCUGCCUCCGGUGGAUACAAGCCACGAUUGGGUCCGAAACCGUUUACCCCACCGAACCUCAACGACUCCGAAAACACUUUUUCUAAAGUAUUUUCAGUACCGGCUGUACCGACAACGAUAAAUCAAGAAAAAGAAGUACCGGAUGCAUCUAAUAUAAAAACCGAAGAAUCGAAUUUGAAAUCAGAAUCCGGUAACGGAAAAUCUGCUUCUAGUGGAGAAGAAGAAGCUAGCAGCGAUUCUGGCUACGUACCGAAAACUCCAAGUACCGCAGAACGUAGAAAAUUAUUCGAAAAAUCCAAUUCCAAAGAAAAUGAUCCGGAAGAAAUGGAUUCUGUUGAUUUCGAAAGGGGAUCAUUGCAGAGGGCUAGUAUCGCCGAAAGGAGAAAAUUGUACGAAAAUAGGUCUAUGACUGUACAAGAACAAGGUUCGGAUAAAAAGGAAAAUUCCCCGGUGAUGCUUAGACGAAAAGAUUCAUUAAAAAAUCGUAAAAAUACCGAUGAUGUUUUGAAAGAUGAUAACAAUAGAAAAAGUAUGCCGAUAGCUAAACAGCAAUCAAUGGAUCCGGUUGGAAUGAGGAAAUCAGAAGUGUCUGUACCAACACCAAAAAGAACCUCCACUGUAUUCGGUCGUGUUUCGAAAUUUAGACAUUUAAAAGGUACUCCGUUACACAAAUCGUUCCAUAUUGAAAACAUCAGGAAUCUAAGUAGACAAAUACCCGGUGAAUGUGAUGGAUUCCAAGCUAAUCCAGAAAGAGUGGCCGUACCUCUAAGCGGACCUGGCGGUAAAAUCGCCGUAUUCGAAGUAAAUAAAACGGGACGGUUACCGGACGGCGUAAUUCCGGCCUUAGUUCACGGUAAUAACGUCAUGGAUUUCGCAUGGGAUCCUUUUGAUACGAAACGAUUGGCGGUCGCUUGCGACGACGGCGUCAUUAAAUUAUGGAGAAUUCCAGAGAACGGUCUUACGGAACAAACGAACGAAGCGGACGAAGAAUUCAACGCUCAUUCCGAUAAAAUUUAUUUCGUCAAAUUCCAUCCAACGGCAAAGGACGUUUUAGCUUCCGGCUCCUACGAUAUGACGAUCAAAUUAUGGGAUUUGAGUACUUUAACGGAAAAAAUCGUGUUAAAAGGACACACGGAUCAAAUUUUCAGUUUCGCUUGGUCGCCGUGCGGUUCUUAUUGUGCGACAGCUAGCAAAGACAGUAAAAUCCGCAUAUACAAACCUCGAGCUAACGAAUAUCCAGUAAGGGAAGGUAAAGGUCCCGAAGGGAACCGAGGAGCCAGGAUCACUUGGGCUUUGGACGGUCAUUUUGUAGUAGCAACCGGUUUCGAUAAAGUAUCCGAACGACAGAUUUACGUUUACAAAUCGGACAAUCUCAUCAAUCCUUUGAAUACUAUCGGUUUGGACGUUUCUCCUGCUAUUCUGAUUCCCCAUUACGACGAGGACAGUUCGACUUUGUUCGUUACAGGAAAAGGCGAUUCAACUGUAUACGCUUUCGAAAUAACCGAAGAACAACCGUUCAUCUGUCCUUUGAGUCAUCACAGAUGCACUUCUCUGCAUCAAGGUUUAUCGUUUCUUCCGAAAAAUGUCUGUGAUGUAUCGAACGUUGAAUUCGCCAAAGCUUUUCGACUUACCAAUAAUUCCAUUGAACCUUUGUCGUUUACCGUACCCAGAAUUAAGACGGAUCUCUUCCAAGAUGAUUUAUUUCCCCCAACUAGGGUAACUUGGAGCCCGACAAUGUCCAGCUUGGACUGGUUCAAUGGAAAAGAAAAGCUACCACAAAAAAUAAGUUUGCAGCCCGAAGGAAUGGAAUUAUUAUCGGAAUCCCAGGGCCAGGCGAAUAGUGGUGCGGAAAGGACAAUAAAUAAAUCAGCAUCUAGUCCUUUUAUAGGUCUUAAUCAUGGUAAAGUCGGUUGGGACGUCGACGUCAGUGACGUUAAGAAUAAACAAGACGAAAUAAAAAGAUCAGUCAGCAAUAAAUUACAAGUCAACCUGACUCUAGAGCAAGACACCAUGGAAGGAGUGGACGAGAAAGAAUGGUUGGAAUAAAAUACUCCAAAAAAAAUUGAGAAAAAAAUAGCUAAAUAUUAAUAUUAUAUUUAAAAUUUAUUCGAAAGAUGUUGUAUCCGGAGUAACAUUUUGUAAUAACUGAAAAACACUUACAGCCUGAUUAAUUUUUUCCUAUUUUAUAUUAAUUACAAUUAUCUUUCAUCUUUUUAUAUAAAAGGACAUUGUAGAUAGGUACAAUUAAAAAAAAUGGUUUGUUAUGGUUAUUUUUGGCAAAAAAUAUUCCGAAAUCCCCGUUAAAAUUGAGAAAAUGAUUUGAAAAUGUGGUACAUUCGUGAAAACACUGAAAUGACUCCGAAAUUUUUGGAAAAUCGUGAAAACCUGUAUAAUUGGUAAAAAAAUUAAGUAUACUAAAAUCAAGACAACUAUUUAAAAAAAUCAGAACGUCCCCCUAUAUAUAACCAAAAAUAACAUAACAACCGUUCAUUAGCAUUAAUAUCAAUAGUAAACAAAAAAAAAUCAAUUAUAAGAUAAAUGCGGAAAAAAUCUUCGCUCAUACAAAGCUUUCUACUCUUAAAACAUAUUUCAAGAACCCCCCUCGUAUUUCCUAGCUCAUUUAAUAAAACAAAUUCAAGGUCCCCCUCAUAUAGCAAAACACUGAAAUGUUUUUCGACUAAUUUUUCAAAGAUUUAUUGUUCCACUUCAAGAUCCCCCUCGUAUUUCAAAGCUUUCUAUUCCUAAAACCAACUACAAUAUCCCCCUCGUAUUUCGUAGGUUUCGUAAAACAAAAUCAACGUAUCCCUCGUAUAACAAAUAAUUAUUUUUUAAAUAUUUGAAAUUUUUCACAGUAUGUUUCGAUUAAUAUAAAACAAACUUCAAGAUCCCCCUGGUAUUUAAAAGCUUUCAAUCCGUAUUACAAAAUUGAAGAUCCCCCUCGUAUUUUUAAUGUUUCAAUCCCCAUAACAAAAUUCAACGUUCCCCUCGUAUAGUAAAACGCUGAAAUGUUUUUGAUUAUUUUUCAAAGAUUCAAUGUUUUUUUUUACUUUAUAUACAGUAUGCGCCGAAACUUAUAUAAUCAAUUUCUUCUUUUUUAUAUAAAUAUUUAUAUAUGUAUGUGAAAUUAGCUUCGUGUAUUCUUAAAGAAAAAGCAAUACGUGGAAAAAUGUAGUUUUUAAGGUAUAUUAGAAAUGGAAGUAAGAUUUUUUCCGUAUAUCAAAUUUCAAUUCAACUGCUUUUCAUGAUUUUUUCUGUCAAAAUUUGACAUAAUCACAAAAAAAAUCAUACGACUUCUAGUCAGUUGACAAAUGCUUUAAUUACGGUAAAUGUUUGAUCUCUACUUUGAGCUUCUCUAAUAACCAUUCGAAAUAAUGAAAAUUUUUUUUGUGGAAACGUUUUUUGAUAAGCAGUUGGUGUGCCAAAAAGAAAACGACCAAUUGUUUUUAGUUUUAUAUACGUGCUCAAUAUUUCCAAUAACGUAGUGACCUAUUUGUAUUUGUCUUUCCAAAAUAAGUGGUGUGUAAGAAAAGUAAUAGUAUUUGGCAACGUUGUAGGCGGUGAAAACAUUGAAAUAACCAAAAAAUUUGAAUAACUCUUGGAAAUAUGCGGAGAAAUUUAAUAAAGAGGGAACAUUUUGGAAAAUUCUGUAGAGUAAUUGGAAAAAUUGUUGAGAAGUUGAUUGGAAAAAUUUUGGCUGGAAAAUUGGAUAAAUUUUGUAAAUGAAAAGCUUCUGGUAAGAUUCUGAUAUUGAAUAAAUUUGAAAACUGCCAAAAAACUCCUAAAAUUCAUGCAAAUUUGAACAAAAUAAUUCAUGAAAACCUUGAGAAAAGUUGAAAAAUUAGUAAUUAUCGGAAAAUACUUGGAAAAAUGGGGAAAACCCUAAAAUAUGUGGGAAAUGUAGAAAAUCAUUAGAUUUUACUCGAAAUAUUGAGAAAAUAUCGAAAAUGAGAAACUCUGGAAGUUUCUGAUAUUCGGAAAAAUUUCAAACCACAACAUAAAAAUCAAAAUUUGCCGAAAAACUAAUAAAAUUCAUGGAAAUUUGAAUGAAAUAACCUUGGAAAAAGUGGGAAAUUCUAAACAUUUCGUAAAAUUGAGAGAAAUACUUAGAAAUUGAGGGAAAACCUAUAAUAUGUGGAAAAUGGUGGGAUUUUGGCUGAAAAAUUGGAAAAGUGUGUAAAACGGGAAGCUCUUGAAUGUUCUGUAAUCCGAAAAAUUUGAAAUUCCUAACAAAAAAAUGUAAUGUGCUGAAAUCCUCAGAAAAUUAAGAGAAAUAUGGUAAAUUUGGAUAAAAUAAUUCAUAAAAAACUUGGAAAAUCGAUGAAAAUAUAUUCGAAAAUUCCGUAAGAUAUAGAAAAUUGAAAAAUGUGUUUGGAAAGUUAAAAAAAUGUGAAGUUUGAAGUAUAAACUGAAAGAUACAGAAAAAACCAUUGAAUUUUACCGGAAAACUAAUAAAUUUCAUGGAAACUUGGAAGAAAAUAAUUCAUAAAAACCUUGGGAAAAGCUGGAAAAUUAGGAAAUAUAUUUAUAAAAUUAGGAGAGGACCCAAAAUAUGUCAAAAAAGGAAAAUUAAUGAAUAUAUAUCUAAAAAUUGGAUUGGAAAAUCUCGUAAAACAAUUGGAAAAUUGAGAGAAAUUGAAAAUCCAAGAUAUAUUUUUCUAUUAAACAUAAACAUAACCUCAUUGUUUUAUAUUUCUUGGAAACCCUUGGAAACUAUUUGAAAAAUUUGACAACGUUGUACAAAAUUACUUUUUUCAAGACAUGCACCGAUUUCUAUAGUAUAAAACCCAUAUAUAUUCAUAAAAACCGAUUAAACAUCGUUUUGUAAAAAAUAUAUUUGGGUCACUGAUGAAUUCAUUGUAUUUUGAUAUAUUUUUUUUAGACUUUAAGUAUUUUAUAUUAAAUAUUUUUUACAGUGGGACAACAAAA